CAUGGCAGUUGACUCCCUCCCCAUCCCCCUGACAUGGAUUCUACUGGCAAUACUGCCUGUUCUCUUCUACAUAUAUGCUGUACGACCCCUUCAGCUGUUCAAGAAGAUGGGCGUACCCGGUCCCACUCCCUGGCCAAUCAUAGGGAACCUGCUCGAUCACAUGAAAGAUGGAGUGUGGAACAUUGAGAGUCAGGUGAAACGGAGAAAGAAAUAUGGCAGUGUGUACGGGAUGUAUGGUGGAGGAUUGACUGCCAUCUUCAUAACAGACCCUGAAAUGUUGCAAGAUAUCUUUGUGAAGAAAUUUCACAGUUUUACUAACCGCCAGCCCAAGGACAUCCACCUGAGGGUGAAGCCUGUCGGCCGGAUGCUGACCCAGCUGGUGGACGAGGACUGGAAGAACGUACGCAGCACCAUCAGCCCUGCAUUCAGUGGAGGCAAGCUCAAACAGAUGGCAGGAGCAAUGAACAGUUGUGCUGGUCUGCUAGUAGAGAACAUCGGCAAGUUUGCAGACACUGGGGAAUCCUUUGAAGUCAAAGAACUGACGGGUGCCUUCACUAUGGAUGUGAUCACCAGGACAGCCUUCGGGACUCAGAUCGACUCACAGAAGAAUCCAGAUGAUCCUUUUGUUGUCUAUGCAAGGAGGUUGAUCGACAGACCGAUUUCUAUUUUUGCCCUGAUGUUCAUGUUUUUCCCGAGCUUGUUGGUUCCCUGCUGGAGAGGUUCCAGUACAACCUUCUUCUACAGUGUGUUUGACCAGUUGAUGGAGUUGAGGCAGGCUGAGGGCCAAGAACGUGUGGACUUCUUGCAGCUGAUGAUGAAUGCUCACAAGGAACAUGAUGAGACAGGAGAGGCCAAGUCACAUGGGCACAAACAACCGCUGACUAAGGACGAUGUCGUGGCGAAUGGAAUCCUCUUCUUCAUUGCGGGAUACGAGACGACAGCUACCACCAUGGCCUUCACCCUGUACAACCUGGCACUGAACCAGGGCAAACAGGACAAACUCAGGCAGGAGAUCACCCAGGUCAUGGCAGACAGGGAAUUUGUUGACAAUGAGGAUGUUCAUAAGAUGCCGUACCUGGAAAUGUGCAUCUCUGAGACCCUGCGCAUGUACUCUCCUGCUGCCAUGACUACCCGUGCCAGCUCAGAAGAGGUGAAACUGAAGUGGCUGACGAUCCCCAAAGACAUGUUAGUUGCAGCCCCCAUCCUGGCCAUUCACUAUGAUCCAGAGCGUUGGCCAGAACCGUACAAGUUCAUUCCAGAACGAUUCACCAAGGAAGAGAAGGAGAAGAGGGGCCCGUACGACUGGAUGCCGUUUGGUGCAGGCCCUAGGAACUGUAUCGGGAUGAGGCUGGCCCUGUUUGAGCUGAAGCUGGGACUGGCCAGGCUGCUGAUGAAGUACCGCGUCAUGACGGCACCUGACACUGAUAUUCCCCUAAAGAUGAAAAAGUUUAAGAAGUUCCCCAUCCCAGAGAAUGGCAUCAGGCUGAAAGUGGAGCUGGUUGAUUCUGUAACAUACUAACAAGCUGUUGACUGACUUCAUCUGGGACAGUGUACCAGAAGAUGCACGAUAUCCUCCACCAUCAAGAACUUUCAAAGAAAGGGGACGGUAGCUUUGAAAGUUUACACUAUUAUCAGACGGUGACUGUAAUAUUGGACAUAUAGAAUACUACACGGUGUAUUCUGUAUCACCUAAGGUACCAGCCCAGCCACGGGUUGGAUCACUUGACGGCCGAAGGGUUUUAUAUUGUUCAGGGGAACUAAGGAAAAUUUAAGUCAUACAAAGAUAUGACAUAAAAAUUGUUAUUACUAUGAUAGGUACUUAUCUAUUUUUGAAAUAGUUUAUUUAUUUCAUUGAGGACUGUCAAAUAAAGGGGAUGGUAGCUUUGAAUGUUAACAAUUUGUAGACUUAUUAGCACUGUGCCUGGAAUAUUAGAUAAUUUGUUAUUACAUAUGUUAGGUAUUUAUCUAUUUUUUAAAUAGUUUACUAGUAUUUCUUUCCUGUGUUCCUAUAUGACACCCUGAAAUACGAGAGGGAGGUAGAAACAGUCUCCUGGCUCCCUGGAGUUGAACCCGGGCCAACUAGUUCACAAACCCAGCACCAUAACCACUGGGCAGUAUGUGAUUGUAUUGGAAACUUUUUGUAUGUGGGAUAGGAAUGCAUUUUAUAAAGUACAAAAUGUAUAUCUGUUUUAGACAUGGUGUAAAUUUGGUUGUGUUAGACUAGACUGGAAGUGAUGUUGAUGAUAUAAAUCGUGUGUGUUUAUCUUAUGAUCAUAUAAGUUAUGUUUACUUCAAGUCUGCAAUUUUGAACUUUCAUACCAUUUUAUAAUUUCAAUCUCUUAAGAUCCAACAGUUAAAUUAUGGGAAAAAGAUUACAAACAUGACAUACAUCCUCAUUAGUCUUUUGAGGAACUAUUCAGCUCCCCAGUGGUGACUUAAACACUGGCACAGUACGGGAGUAUCAAAUCCACAAUUGUCCUAUUCCUCCACAUAAAAAGAUGACUGAUGCUACUGAAGCUGGUGUGUUAUGCUGAAGGGUGAAUAUACUGGAUAUAUAGAUAAUAUCUAUUAGAUACAGAUACAGAUACCAGUGUAUUAAGAGUAAUUCUACAAAAGUUUUUUUUUAACCUCCUUGAAAAGACAAAACAUACAGGAGAAGAUCUGUCCAAGACAGAAGUAGAAUUGGUAGCCUGUAUUACAUUAACCAUUGAAAAAAUAAUAGUCAUAGAGCCAUGAAAGACAUUUAAGUUAGAGCACAACUUUUAAUUGAUUAAUUUGAUGUAUCAUUAGUACUUGUUUACACAUACUGCAAGAUCUGCAAUGCACAGAUCAUUGUAAAGUUAA